GUAAAUGUCAAAGCAUGCGCUCGAGGGUAAGGAAAAGACUUGGUACGCAGUGCGAGGAAAUAAAUAUCGUAGUGAUCAGGUGCGUGAUCAAAUCAUCCCUGACCAUUCCGGCGGGCAGGAAGCGAAUACUCGCGCGCGCGAGAAGCUCGAAACGCGGACACGCGUCCGCGUACAAUGGACUAGAGAGAGCUCGCUCGAGUACCAAGUCAUCCGUCUCUUUGAACUCUCCUCCUCCGCGGAUUUCUUCUCCGGCAAUAUGGACGAAAAUCUGAGUCGGGGAUAUGUCCAGCUGGGCAAGGCCAGAGGAAUGAAUGAGUUCAAAUUCUCGAACGGAUUCAAGCAUCUCUCGCCGCCUGUCGACAAAUACAACUUCAUUUAUGCGGCUUUGAUUAUCGGUGGCAUAGGCUUUCUUCUACCUUACAACAGUUUCAUUAUAGCGGCGGAUUAUUUUCAAGCGAGAUAUCCGGGAACCACCGUGAUUUUCGAUAUGUCUGUUGUUUAUAUUAUUAUGGCUUUCUUCGCAGUCUUUGCAAACAAUAUCUUAGUUGAGACCUUGUCGCUGAACACGCGAAUUACAUUUGGAUACCUGGUCUCCUUUGUCAUUCUCAACUUCGUAGUAAUCUGCGAAAUUUGGUGGGAACUUUUCGGCGUUGCAACUUCUUAUACCGUCAAUUUAGUUGCCGUCGCUAUAGUAUCGCUUGGUUGUACAGUUCAGCAAUCGAGUUUUUAUGGAUAUACAUCAAUGCUUCCUAGUCGAUAUACUCAAGCUGUAAUGACCGGAGAAAGCGUCGCUGGUUUUUGGGUGUCGAUGAAUCGAAUAGUAACAAAAUCUCUACUCGACGAUGAACGUGGCAACACAUCUAUGUUCUUCAUCGUAACGAAUAUGACGAUUUUAUUAUGCUUUGUGUUACAUCAAGUGGUACAAAAGACCGAUUUUGUGCAAUUUUACAUAACUCUAUGUCAGGAAAGAAAUCGAAUCACAUUAGAACCAACGGAGGAUGUCGGUCUGAUGGAUCCAUUAGAUCAAGUUGGUGAUCCCUCGAAAGGUCAGUAUGGAGUAUUAAAAAUUCAAACUAGUCCGUUGGCUACAGAAUCUGCGAGUGGGAGUGCUGAUUUGAAUGCGACCGGACAGUAUUCUGCAUUCUCAUUUAGUAAUCCGGUAUAUGAACCUAGCGCUCCUUCAGGCAAUCCACCUGAUAGCGCUGGACCCACUUACAAGGUUGAAGAUGUCGUGAUUAUGAGAGGAGCCUAUGGAACACAAAGUACAAGUACACCAUGGUCCGGCAUAAAAAGAGGUUUGCUCGCAAGACUCGAAGUUGCUAAAUUAAUCUUCCCAUAUAUGACCAGCAUUGGAGUUGCUUACUUUGUAACGCUCUGUCUCUAUCCAGGAAUUGUAUCAGAAAUAAUAUCUUGUAAAUUUGAAUCAUGGAUGCCGGUUAUUUUGAUGACUGCCUUUAACGCUUCUGAUUUGCUCGGCAAGGUAUUCGCUUUAAUACCUUAUGAAUGGAAACGUACUCAGUUGCUUUAUUUCUCCAGCGCACGCGUUAUACUUAUUCCUCUAUUUCUACUUUGCGCUAUUCCACGUGGUACUCCUAUUCUAUCUGGUGAAGGAUAUCCGCUCUUAUUUUCUUGGUUACUUGGCCUUACAAAUGGUAUAGUUGGUUCUAUACCUAUGAUCCAAGCACCUAGCAAAGUACCAGAAGAACAUCGAGAACUUGCAGGUAAUAUUAUGACAUUGUCGUACACCACCGGUUUGACUAUUGGAUCGUUAUUAGCAUAUAUGAUGGAUGCUUGUCUCGGACCUCCUGUACAAGUCAAGGACGUGUGUUCGAAAAUGACAAAAGCUCAAGUUGGUCAACUUUCGACAACUUCAUUUGCUAACAUAACAGCAAGCGCCCUAACGACUGCGAUAUCUUCCUCUUUACCUACUAUUGAAAGAACAACGGUGGUACCAAAGCCGAAGACUACCGUCAAUGUGGUAACCACGAUCAUGAUGUCAACAUUAUUGUCAAACAGCACCGUAAGCUUACUAAGCGAUGGAGGAUCGCUAGACGCGUCAACGACGGCCUUACCAAAAAUCUUGGCUAAUGUCACUUUGACGAGCAAUGCGAUCUUGCAACAUUAGGAUGCACACGUUUGUGUGCUGUGUUAAAUCUGGUGCUUUCACAUAAAUAUAUGAAAGAAAAAGAGAAUACGCGCGUGUAUGUAUUUGUAUGUGUUUAUGAUUGAGUAAGUGUAUGUGCAUGUUGAAGAAGAUGAUUUAAAAGUUGAAAAGUUGCUAUAAGGCUGAAGUAUUUAAAUUGGUUAGACUUUUAAAAAUUGGUGUAUUAAAAAUAUAUUUA